GUGUGACAAACAGCAGCAAGAACUCUCACAAUGGCACCAAAUUCCGCACAAAGUCUCGAUCGACAGGAAAGGCUCACGGAUGUGCUAAAAAGAGAUGAGGCACAAUGGAAGGAUGAUUGUUUACCGUGCCGACUUACUGGAUCCUUCGCAUUUAUCGGCCUUGGGGUCUACAGUUACUUCUCCGGGCAAUCUCAAUUAAAAGCCCAAGAAGCGAAGAUUCUAAAGAGCAAAUCUAUGUUCGGUAUGAAGAGUCGGCAAACUGGUAUUACUGGUAUUGCAUUGACACUCGUUGGGAUGGGACUUUGGAGGCUGAAAAAUUAGGUCGUCUCUGGCCAUGGGACGAGAGAAUGUUAUGAAUGAGGCAUGGCGUUUGGGAGUUCCGAGGUUCCACUCACUUGGAAUAGAAUGAUGUCACGGAAAAGUUGCA